UGGAACUGGAGGCACGCCAUCGUCACUGUCCGCGGCCAUGACGCCCUCGCUCCUCUCCAGCCUUCUGGAGGUUAUCAUGAAGAAACUCCGAGCAUCUGUGAGGAGUCACAAAAAGCAACCAGCCAACCACAAGAGAAGGAGAACAUGUGCCCUUAGCAGCAGCCAGGCUAAGCCUUCCAGCCUGGAUGGCCUGGCCAAGCAGAAGAGAGAGGAGUUACUGCAGGCCUCUGUCUCCCCAUAUCAUCUCUUCAGCGACGUGGCUGAUGUCACAGCUUUCCGAAGGAACUUGCUCAGCUGGUAUGACCAAGAGAAGCGUGACCUCCCUUGGAGAAACUUGGCGAAAGAAGAAGCCAACUCGGACAGGAGGGCCUAUGCUGUGUGGGUGUCAGAGGUUAUGCUGCAGCAGACCCAGGUUGCCACAGUGAUCGACUAUUAUACUCGAUGGAUGCAGAAGUGGCCAAAGCUUCAAGACCUGGCCAGCGCUUCCCUGGAGGAGGUGAACCAGCUCUGGUCUGGCCUGGGCUACUAUUCUCGAGGCCGUCGGCUACAAGAAGGAGCUAGGAAGGUGGUAGAGGAGCUAGGAGGCCAUAUGCCACGUACAGCAGAGACCCUACAGCAGCUCCUGCCUGGUGUGGGGCGGUACACGGCUGGAGCCAUUGCUUCCAUUGCCUUUGACCAGGUAACCGGUGUGGUAGAUGGGAAUGUUUUACGGGUGCUGUGCCGUGUCCGCGCCAUUGGUGCCGAUCCCACCAGCACCCUUGUCUCUCAUCACCUCUGGAACUUAGCCCAGCAGCUAGUGGACCCAGCCCGGCCUGGGGACUUCAAUCAAGCUGCCAUGGAGCUGGGGGCUACAGUGUGCACCCCACAGCGCCCUCUCUGCAGCCAUUGCCCCGUGCAGAGUUUAUGCAGGGCACACCAGAGGGUGGAGCGGGGUCAGCUCUCAGCCUUGCCAGGCCGUCCUGACAUAGAGGAGUGUGCUCUCAACACCAGACAGUGCCAGCUUUGCCUCCCUUCCACAAGCCCCUGGGACCCCAGCAUGGGAGUGACCAACUUUCCUCGAAAGGCCAGCCGCAGGCCUCCCAGGGAGGAGUACUCUGCCACCUGUGUUGUGGAGCAGCCCCGAGCCAUCGGGGGUCCCCUCAUCCUCCUGGUGCAAAGGCCUGACUCAGGUCUGCUGGCAGGACUGUGGGAGUUCCCAUCUGUCACCUUGGAGCCCUCAGAACAGCAUCAGCACAAAGCCCUUCUGCUGGAACUGCGGCGCUGGUGUGGGCCCCUCCCUGCCACUCGUCUCCAGCACCUUGGGGAGGUGAUCCACAUCUUCUCUCACAUCAAACUGACGUAUCAAGUAUAUAGUCUGGCUCUAGGACAGGCGCCAGCGAACGCUGCACCCCCUGGCGCUCGAUGGCUGACCUGGGAGGAAUUCUGCAAUGCAGCUGUGUCUACUGCCAUGAAAAAGGUGUUCCGCAUGUAUGAGGACCAUCGGCAAGGGACCUGCAAGGGUUCAAAAAGGUCCCAGCUGUGUCCUCCAUCAAGCCGGAAAAAACCCAGCCUGGGACAGCAAGUCCUGGAUACUUUCUUUCAGCGUCAUAUCCCCACAGACAAACCCAACAGUACUACCCAGUGAUACUGGGAUUCCCCACCCAAAAUCCAGUCCAAUAAAGUGCUUAUUUUUGUA